GCGUCGCCACGCGCUGUGUGGACAAGUUCGUGCUUCAGAUGGUCAUGUCGAGCUUCGGCGAAAGCCACUGGAGCUUUGGGGAAAUCAUCACAGAUUGCUGGGCUCCGCGAACUCGGAAGUGAUCUGAUGGGCUUCCGAUCAAAAUUGAACACCAAGGCCAUGGCCAUCUCCGUGCCUCUACGGCGCUUGGCGCCAGUGGCGACCGCCGAGGUUUUUUUUGGUCAGUUCGCUUUGGCUCAGCAGCUUGUCUCCUGCCCACAGCACUGCAAUGACAGUGACACCGUCGCCGAACUUCUUCCAGCUUGGCUGGGCGGUGGAAAGAGUUGCGCCAUCCUGGACCCCGCUCCGCCAGCCAAAAACGCCUUGCUGGGCGCUGUGCGCCGAGAACAACCAGACAUUGAGGUAGCGCUCAGCCCGGAAGUUCCGCAGGGACAGGACGUGGUCAAUCCUCAGCAGAAAGUGAAGGGAUGCGGCCCACAUGAGUUCACGUGGAACAACAGGCGGUGUCAGGGCACCGAGCUGCACAAAGCCGCGCUGGAGGGGAACCUGCAUCGACUGGAAGAGCUCUUGGACAACGCCGGUUCCCGCACGCGCGAAGAAUUUGGCUACUUGACCAAGCAUAAGGGCGAGGAUCAGUUCUGCACGGGCGAAGCCAUCCAUCUGGCCGCGAGCCGUGGCCAUCAGAAUUUGGUGGAGGCCCUCUUACAGAGGAAUGCAGAUAUCAACAGUAUGGUCAAGCGACAGGGGGUGGACAACUACGAUGUCUUGCAAGCCGCUGUUUUUAAGGAGGGUCGGGGCGGAGCGCGGGAUGGGGAUCGGCAGUUGAUCCGCUAUCUGUGUGACAAUGGAGCUGAUAUCCUGAACAGCUACAAUGCCAACGGAUUGUCCUGUAUGCACGUGGCAUUUCAGACCGGAGAUCCCAACACCAUCAAAUUGGUGCAGGACCUGAUUUUGCAGGAGGCCAGUCGACAGGGGGAAAUUCCCUGCCUCCACAGCAUUGGCAGCGACACCUCCAACGUGCCCGACCAGGCGGCGAAGCUGCUGGCCCUCUAUGACUUGGAGGAGGGGGACUUCACGGAUCCCAGCCGUGAGGAUCGGGACAAGACACCGCUGGAGAUUGGCAUCAAGUUUCGCAAGAUGGACAAGGACGCUUUGGCGGAAGCUGCUCCGAAGAGUCUCAGCAGCUUGCGCGUCUUCAUUCACUGCGCGCCGGAGUGCAUUCCCCUUUUCAUGGAUAAAUUGUGCAGUGAGAACGACAAUCGCACCAUCUCGGAGGUCCUGGCUGACAAGAUGAGCAGCAAGGACAUUGCCAAACUUCUGCGAGAUUUCCCGGAGGCGGCCGCCAGCAUUUUGCAGAGCGUGACCUCCAAACCCAAAGUGAUCAGCGAAGGGUGGCAUCCUCUUCCCUCGCGGGUAAGUUUUGCCUCCAGGAGCAGGCUGGUGAGAGCCUUGAGUCCUUUUCUUCGAGUGGGUCGCUUUUACACUCGCUACGAAUCAGAGAAAGAGUGGAGUUAUGACGAUGAAAAAUACAAGGAACCCGAGUGGCAUAAGAAGAUCACCCAAUGCGAGGAACCGCCAAUCUUCGAUGCCAUGAUUCAGGUCUGUUGUAUUCCCAACAUCAUCUCGCCCAACUUCUUCUCCGCCGUCCUGGACGCCUCGGAACGUGUGCAGCCCGACGCGCUCUUCCUCUUCAAGUGCGUGCCCAUUCGCGCCGCUGUGAGCUACACCUUCUGGAAUGGUGCCAUUUGGGUGGAUGUGGCCCAAUUCUUGGUCUCCGUCUGGGGCCUUGGUCUGCUGCUGGUCGAAACCUUCUUGGCUCAUGAGGCAGCGAACGACCCAAAGACGCUGGAGAACAACAUUUCUCGUGUGUUUGAACCCAGUUUCAUCACACAGGUGUACAAGCGCGGUGUGGUGGCUGAUUGGAUCAUCGCCAAAGGUAUUGUCGACUUGCUGCUGGAAGUCGCACAGUUCUGGGGCACAAUGGUCAUCGGAGAGCCAAUGAGCUACAUGCGACCAGGCAAUCUUUGGGAUUUGCUGCGCAGCAUCUUGCCCAUCUUGCUGCUGUGGCAAUACGACUCGCGCGUGCUGCAGACGUUUAUCGUGCUGAUCUAUUGGAUGCGCUUAUUGGAGGGAGUGACCUAUUCGGAGCGUAUCGGGCACGCCUUGCUGCCUCUGCACAAGUUGGCUAGUGGCCUCAUGCCAGCGGGAGAACCCAGGAAUUUCCGUCCCAAAAAGGGGAAAAGGAUGGAAAAGGAUGGAAAAGUUGAAUAUCUUUUGCACCAUCAGCCGCACGCCAUGCUUUGCAUCGCUGCGCUUUUGGCCCUGCCGCUGGUUCUGGGCGCGUGUUAUGAUGACUGCGAGAAGAGUGGCAGUAACCUGCUGCAGUCGCACGCGCGGAGGGUGGAACCCAAGUACUUUUGGCAAUCUGGCCGCGGGAACUUCCCAAAUUUUGCUGUCUCCGAGGAGAUUGGACCUUUCCUCCUGAACCAAAGUCUGAAGUGGUCCUGGCAUCAUCCGGCAGGACGUUUUCACACCCUGACCUGGGGCACCGCCAUCGACCAUCAGAUGAAUGUCUACCUCUCGGCUGCCGAUGGGCUGCGAAAGUUCGACAAGGAUGGGAAGCAGCUAUGGGAAGUGAAUGUGCUCCCUGCGAAUCUCAUGAACGCCCCUGCCAUUUAUCAAGGCUCCGUCUUUACCAGUGACACCAGCGGUGGGGUGCGAGCGGUGAGCAUGCAGACGGGCAAGCCGGUGUGGUUCACCAACACCUCCAAGGCCAUCUGCCAAGACAACGGAUUUACCAUGGUGCACGAGGGCGUGGUCUUUUCUGCCGGUGAUUGCCGUGAGCCUUCAACCAUGGGCACAGCGAAUCAUUUGGUGACCGCCUUGAACGCCAGCGAUGGAGAGAUUCUGUGGACCUUCGAACCUGACGUGCCAGUGUGGAACUUUCUGGCCUUGUUCCCGGACAAGGAAACGAUGAUUUUCCAAGACAUGACCGGAAAAAUCUACCGCAUGAGUCUGGGCGGCCAAGUGCUGUGGAAGGCCGGCGGCAAGGAGGGCACCUGGACCGACGGCGGCGCGUCGCUGGGCAACGGCAUGGUUUUUGCCGUGAACAACAACCAUCCUUUCUAUAGCAAAGAAUUCUCGGGGGAAGACACGCCUGGUACUUUGAGCGCCUUUGACAUGGACGGACAUCUCAGGUGGCAGGUGACUACUCCACGUCCCCCCAACAAUGCCCCGGCCAUUGGCAAAGUGGCUGGUUGGCCCGGCAUGUCGCUGAUCCUGCCCCUGUGUCAUCAGGGCUGGCCAGGAGCCAGCUGCGAUGUCCAUGCUUACGAUGCCAACACAGGAGGAUUGCGUUGGGUCUUCCAUGGACCUAAACAAACAGGAAAUUUUCAAGCAGGCGACGCUGAAGGUGUGGGCGACCGAUUGAAGUCCGGUUUGCGGCCCAUGUGCCUCCCCAACGGCUGGAGUGCUCCAACGAUCUCUGGAGAUGGAACUGUCUUUGUGGGCAACGAGAUGGGAAACCUCUAUGCUUUGAGAGACCUUGAUGGCGACGGGCGAGUCUUCGGAGACAACGAGGUCUCCUACUUCGACACCCACGGGGCCUUUUCGGGCACCGCCACUCCCGCCUUGGCUGGGAACAUGGUGGCAGCUGCUUCCUGCGACACCCUCUUUGUCUUCAAGGGAUGAGUUGCUGAAAAGUGAGAAGUGAAACAAUGCCGAAAAAAGGACCGGAGUAAGGUCAGUGUCUGAAAAUGGCGC